AUCUUUAAUAGUGCUAAACAAUAAUAACAGUACUAGUAGCAGGACUCAGCACAGGAAAUAAGGUUUCCCAUUCAAUCGGCAACCAUAUGCAAGGUGAUUCUGAGGCUCCCUUCUUUCUCUUAACCUGAGAUUUAUGGACUUGUACAUGAUGAAUUGUGAACUCCUAGCAACUUGCAGUGCCCUUGGAUUCUUAGAAGGGGACACCUACCAUAAAGAACCAGACUGCAUAGAGAGUGUGAAAGAUUUAAUCCGCUAUCUGCGCCAUGAAGAUGAGACUCGGGAUAUCCGGCAACAGCUGGGGGCUGCUCAGAUUCUACAAAAUGACCUGAUCCCUAUUAUCAACCAGUACCCCCAAGAUAAGCAGCUAUUUGAUGCUGUCAUCAGGUUAAUGGUAAAUUUAACUCAGCCAGCUAUCCUCUGCUUUGGAAAAAUCCCCCAGGAUGUUAACUUCCGCCAUCACUUCCUGCAGAUCGUCUCCUACCUGCAGGCUUACAAAGAAGCGUUUGCCAAUGAGAAGGUCUUUGGGGUAUUGAGUGAGAAGCUGUAUGAUCUGCUGCAGCUGGACUGGGAGCAGCGCCAGGAAGAAGAUAACCUGCUGAUUGAGCGCAUCUUGCUGCUGGUGCGCAACGUGUUGCAUGUGCCAGCUGAUCCUGACGAAGAGAAGAACAUUGACGACGAUGCCAACGUCCAUGACCAGGUGCUCUGGGCUAUGCACAUCAGCGGGUUGGAUGAUUUGCUCAAAUUCUUGGCCAGCUCCCCGAGCGAACAGCAGUGGAGUCUGCACGUGCUGGAGAUAAUCUCCCUUAUGUUCCGUGACCAGAAUCCAGAGCAAUUGGCAGCCACAGGGCAGACCCGUUCAUCCAAGGAGAAGAGCACAGAUGUAGCAGAACUGGAGGUCUUGAGACAGAAGGAACAGACUGAGAAGAAGACCCGCGUAUUCCAGCGGAGUAGCAGACACACUCGAUUUGGUGGCUGCUAUGUCAUUCAGGGCUUGAAGGCUAUUGGGGAUAGAGAUGUGGUGAUGCAUAAGGGGCUACACAAUGUGAAGAACUACAGCCACGAUCUAUGCAAGGAGGUCCGCCAGGUGCCAAAAAGGCAGCAGCGAGCCAGUGAUGGUGAAGGAACCCCUCGUCGCUCUGCCCUAAAUGUGCGGCGCUUCCUUCAGGAGUUCUGUGUGGAGUUCUUGGAGAACUGCUACAAUCGCCUCAUGUACCUGGUCAAGGAUCACUUGAUCAGAGAAAAGGCCCAACAGCAUGAUGAGACAUACUACUUAUGGGCCAUGGCUUUUUUCAUGGCCUUCAACCGGGCCUAUUCUUUCCAGCCUCAGCUGGUUUCUGAGACAGUUGGUGUCCGGACCUUCCACUUCAUUGAACGGAGUCUGACUAACUACUAUGAAAUGAGCCUUGUAGAUAAGAAGGAUAUCACAUCUUGGUCUAAAAGGAUGCAUCUGGCUCUCAAGGCUUACCAAGAAUUGCUGAUGACUAUGCAUGAAAUGGACCGUUCACAAGAAGAAGCUGUGCGCAACAGCAGCCACAUACUUAAGAAUAACAUUUUCUACCUGAUGGAAUAUCGUGAGCUGUUCCUCACUCUUCUCCGUAAGUUUGAUGAGAAAAAGCAGCCCAGGUCAUUCCUCAGAGAUCUAGUGGAGACCACUCAUCUUUUCUUGAAGAUGCUGGAGAAAUUUUGCAAAGGAAGGAACAACCUAGUGGUCCAGAGCAAGAAAUACCGGAGGAAAAAGAACUCCAAAGCUCAUUCUGCUGGCCCAGGUGUGCAGCCCCAGACUCCUGAAGAGCUGGAGGAGGUGUGGCUAAAGCUGGUGGAGCAAAUCAAUAAGUGCAUCAAGGGUUUUGAGUCUCUUCCAGAUCAAGUCAUUCCUUUUGAUGCUGCAUCAGAAGUUCCACUAGAGGAGCAGCGAGCUGAUGCCAUGAUACGGAUCCAGGACAGCUUAUUAACCGGCCAGGCGCCAGAAGCUCUCUCACUCUUGCGCUCAGCAAGGGAGGUGUGGCCCGAAGGGGACGUGUUUGGAUCAUCCACUGUUGAUCCGGUUGAAGAAACGGAGCUGCUGAAGCAGAUCUUCUUUGCCAGCCUCCCUCGGCAGGCAGCAACUGACCCAGAUGAAUCUGAGGAGGCUGCUGAGGAUGAGGAAGUUGCUGAGGAAGAGUUGGCAUCUGCGCAGGUAUCCGAAAAAGAGUUCAGCUUCCUAGACUAUGUGAAGCGGUUUGCUAGUGCUAACGUAGUCAAGGCCUAUGUCCUGCUGUUCAGAAACUACCAACAGAACAGUCCCCACACUAACCACUGCGUGGUCAAGAUGUUGCACCGCAUUGCCUACGACCUCAAGAUGGAGGCCUUACUCUUUCAGCUUUCUGCCUUCUGUCUUUUCAACCGCCUCCUCAGUGACCCUGCAGCUGGAGCUUAUAAGGAGCUGGUGACCUUUGCCAAAUACAUUGUGGGCAAGUUUUUUGCAUUGGCAUCGACCAACAAAAAGGCCUACAUGGAACUGUUGUUCUGGAAAAGCACAGCUGUGGUACGAGAAAUGACUGAAGGCUACACAGUGUUGCAGGAGAAUGAAAGAGCCUCCCAAUGGACUGAAGAAGAGGAGGAGGAGCUACAGAAGCUCUACUACAAGUAUAAAGAAGUGGAAGGUCAAGAUGUGCUUGACAACAUUCUGUCAGAGCUCAGCACUCAUCACCGGACGCGAAAGCAGGUGGCCAGGAAACUGGUGCGCUUGGGGUUGGUGAGCAGUAUGCAAGACUUCCCACAGGAGCGCAGGAAAGGGGCUGGCAUUGUGCUGUGGACAGAGGAUCAGGAGCUAGAGCUUUGUCGGCUCUUUGAGGAGUUUCGGGACACUGACGAUAUCCUGUCCAAUGUAAUGAAGCACAUCACAGCGAAACGAUCCAAAGCUCGCAUUAUUGAGAAGAUGCUCAGCAUGGGGCUGGCGUCUGAUCGUAAGGAGCUCUACAAGAAGCGCAAGCGCAAAUCUGGUCCCCUUGGAGCGGAUAAGAUCCCCUUCCCCCCAGUGCCUGAUCGGGAUGAGGUAGAUGAUGAAGAUGAGGAGGAAAAGGGUGAUUGGGAUAGUGAAGAAGGGGAAGAACUGGCCAAGGAGGACUGUGGAAAUGACGAGGAUAAAAAGUCCUGGGGCGGGCAGACUAACCAGACGCGGGGAGCUGCUCCAGAGAGAAAACUUGCACAAAGUCUGAGGCAAGAAGGUUUUGCUGGCCCCUUGCUGUGGCUUCAGAAUUGCUUGAACAGAACAGCUGCUGACCGAGGACAGGAUGGGUGUGCCCAGGCUGUUCCUUUGGUGCCAUUGACUGAAGAAACUGAGGAUGCCAUGGAACACAAAGAUUUCCAGAACCUGCUGUGGAAGCUGGGGGUGCGAUCUCCAGCCAACGAACAGGAGUCCUUCUGGCGCAUCCCAGCUAAACUCAGCCCAGAACAACUACGCCACAUGGCUGCUUGCAUUGCCCCCCAAGAAAUGGAGAGAGAGACUCAAGACCAGCAAGCUGAAGAUCAUCUUGAUGCAGUGGAACCAAGAUGGCUGAAAGCAAAAAAAGAGGAGCAUAUCCAGCAUCCUUUGGGCCCCAAAAGAAGCCACUUGGGUGAUCAGGAGGAAAGCCACAGCCAAAAUUCCAGUGAUGAGGACGGACCACAUCCCUCCAGUAAGAGGAAGUGCCUGCGAAUUGAGGAAGACGAGGACUGAUGAAGUAGAAAGCCACUCCUUUAGCAGGUCGAUAAGGCCAGUGAAACCCAGCUGUGGGGCUGCCACCAGUCACCUCAAAAACUGGAAUGGACAAGAUUGGGAGCAGUCAGCAUCCCCAGAUUCUCCGUGCACAACACUGAAAAUUUUAGGGAAAGGAUACAGAAACUGAGCUCCUAUAUAACAAUUUUAAAAUCUGUAUGAUCACCAAUGUGGAGGGAAUAGAUAAGAAAAGAUUAAACAGCUCAUAACUUCUGCCCCAUGAUGAUAUACAGUUAAUGUUAAUGCUAAUAUGACAGUCUCCUUUCAAACUGCUCCAGGUUUGUAUAUGACCAUGGAUGCCUGCCUGCCCUUGCUCACCCAGCAUUCCUCAAUAUGUGUGCUUAGAGUCACUGAAAGCCACCCUUACCAGCUAGAUUGCCAAGCAGAAAUGGGACAUGCUGGUUUUUCAUAGUGUUCGGGUUUUUUUGUGGAUCUGCCUCUUUUGUUUCUGGUUUGGCUAAGGUGUCAUGAACAUACAUGUCACGUUUUGCCUUAAUUACCUGAACACAUCUAUUUUGGUCUCUGCUGCUCCUCUGCUUUUUUCUGUCCGUGAAAUUCCUUCUCAAAAAUAAAAAAGGGGGGGGGGAAGCAGGAACCGGAAUGUGCUAUCACAUUAAUACCAAGCAUUGCUAAAAAUAGCGGUGGGAUGAUACAAGAGAUUUUAAAGAUGCAACUGCAUGAGGAGCAGAUAUCUCUGACAUUUCUGCUUUGCCUUCUUUGUUCGUAAGAGUUGUUUUUACAUUUGAUCUUUCUGGAAUCUGCCCAGCAUCAGCAGGAUGAUGUGUAACAUUUUUGGGUAUUUGUGCAUGUCUGUUGCAUUUUUGAUAGCUUUUUUUU